CAAACCAGAGCACAUACACGGGAUUCGUACCACUUUGUUAAUGAGAUCAAACAUCUACAUCUCAGUGACAAUGAAACUAUGGUUAGUUUUGAUGUGCAAUCACUCUUUACAUGCUUACCGGUUGAAGAUUGCAUUAGUAUUGUGUCAAGAAAGCUGAAGGAAAAUGACAUGCCGAUAGAAUAUGCUGACCUUCUCAAGCAUUGCCUUACAUCUGGCUACAUGUUGUGGAAUAAUCAGUUCUACAAGCAAGUAGAUGGCGUAGCGAUGGGUUCACCAGUAUCCCCCGUUGUUGCCGACAUAUUUAUGGAGGACUUCGAGGAGACUGCUCUGCGUACCUCGCCCAUAACACCCAGGUUCUACAAACGGUAUGUAGAUGAUACUUUCACAAUAUUACCAUCUGAUAAAGUAUCCAUAUUCUUACACCAUCUUAACUCCAUAAAUUCCAAAAUUCAAUUCACAAUGGAGUUGGAGGCAAAUAAAUCUUUAGCUUUCUUAGAUGUAUUAGUCAUCCGUAAUCCCAACAAUACCUUAAGCCAUACAGUGUAUAGAAAGCAUACCCAUACGGAUAGGUACUUAAACGGUGAAUCACACCAUCAUCCAACACAGUUAGCUACCGUGGGUAAAUCUUUGUUUCAGAGAGCACGAGGGAUCUGCGAUGAGCGACACCUGGAGACCGAACUUCAACAUGUCAAGCAAGUACUGCGAGACAACAAGCUUCGGGUACCGCGUCCUCAUCGCAGUGAACAUGUGAAACCAGCCACCGUCGAACGAGUACCUGCUGUGCUACCUUUUAUGAAAGGGGUCACUGACAAGAUUGGCUUCAUCUUAAAGCGAGCUUCUAUAAAAACUUUUUUCAAGCCGCCAAAAACGAUAAGUCAAUUUUUACCAUCUGUCAAGUGUCAUAUACCCUUACAAGAUGCAGGAGUAUACAAGCUUGAUUGUGACUGUGGUCUCUCUUAUAUAGGACAAACAAAACGAUCGAUCAAAACUCGCGUUAAAGAACAUAUAGCUGACUUAAAACAUCGUCGCUAUACUAAGUCCGCAAUCUGUGAACACAGUCUAGACACAGCUAGCCAUUAUAUUAGAUUCGAUAGACCACAGAUCCUCGCAAAAGAACACCGAUUCCAACCAAGGAUGAUCCGUGAGGCUAUUGAAAUUAAAAAACAUCCAAAUUUCAAUAGAGAAGAUGGCUGGCAAUUACCACCUGCUUGGGACCCCAUUAUUAAUAUAAUUAAAUCAAAAACCAAGCAUAAUUCACCACAGAUUAAAGACUCAAUUAGCACA